UGCCAGGUCCCGCUGCCCUGCGAGAGCUCCGCAGAGCGCUGCCCGAUCCCUCCCGCGGCCCCGCAGAGCCCCCGGCUCCCCCUGUCACCCGCCUGCAUGAGGACCCAGCAGUGCCCCAGCGAGUCCAGCGGGGCACACAGUGCCGAGAACUGCAGCAGCAGUGGCAGCUCCGGGCUCUCGCCGGGCUCGGAUUCAGACAGCAGCGGGGUGGUGUGUGGUGGUGGUGGCAUGAGAGGCGUCCUGUCCAGGUACUGGAGCUUGGAGAGUCUGCACUCUGCCACAGUGAUCACUGAUGGAGGCCUGGACAAGACAGCCCUGACGGACGAUGUGGGGAGCGAGGAGGAUCUGUACGAGGAGUUCCGCAGCUCCAACCACCGCUACGGCCACCCCGGGGGCGGCGGCGAGCAGCUGGCCAUCAACGAGCUCAUCAGCGAUGGCAGCGUGGUGUACGCAGAGGCCCUCUGGGACCACGUCACCAUGGAUGACCAGGAGCUGGGAUUCAAGGCCGGCGAUGUCAUCGAAGUAAUGGAUGCCACCAACAAGGAAUGGUGGUGGGGGAGGAUUCUGGACAGUGAAGGCUGGUUUCCAGCCAGCUUUGUUCGGCUGCGGGUGAACCAGGAUGAGCCCAUGGAAGAUUAUCCCCUGAAGGUGGAGGGGGGCAAAGAGGACGACUCCCGGCGCUUUGGGAUGGGCCAGACCACCAAAGACCAAAUGAGGACCAACGUCAUCAACGAGAUCAUAAGCACAGAGAGAGACUACAUCAAGCACCUGAAGGACAUUUGUGAGGGUUACAUUAAGCAGUGCCGCAAGAGAGCCGACAUGUUUACAGAAGAACAGCUGAAGACAAUCUUUGGGAAUAUUGAGGACAUCUACAGGUGCCAGAAGAAAUUUGUUAAAGCACUAGAGAAGAAAUUUAACAAAGACCACCCACAUUUGAGUGAGGUUGGCUCAUGCUUCUUGGAAUAUCAAACAGAGUUUCAGAUCUACUCCGAGUACUGCAACAACCACCCCAACGCGUGCCUGGAGCUCUCGCGCCUCACCAAGGUGAACAAGUACGUUUACUUCUUCGAGGCCUGCCGCCUGCUGCAGAAGAUGAUUGACAUCUCCCUGGACGGCUUCCUGCUCACCCCCGUGCAGAAGAUCUGCAAAUACCCCCUGCAGCUGGCCGAGCUGCUCAAGUACACCAACCCCCAGCACAGGGAUUUCAAGGAUGUGGAGGCUGCCCUGAAUGCCAUGAAGAACGUGGCUCGGCUCAUCAACGAGAGGAAGCGGCGGCUGGAAAACAUCGACAAGAUCGCUCAGUGGCAGAGCUCCAUAGAGGACUGGGAGGGAGAAGAUGUCCUAGUCAGAAGCUCAGAACUCAUCUAUUCUGGGGAAUUAGCCAAAAUCUCCCACCCUCAAGCCAAGAGCCAACAGAGGAUGUUCUUCCUCUUCGAUCACCAGCUUGUCUGCUGCAAGAAGGACCUUCUGCGCAGGGACAUCUUGUACUACAAGAGUCGGAUCAACAUGGAUGACAUGGAAAUACUGGAUGUAGAAGAUGGCAAAGACAAGGACUUCAAUAUCAGUGUGAAAAAUGCAUUUAAGCUGCACUGCAGAGACACUGAGGAAGUCCAUUUAUUCUGUGCAAAAAAGCCUGAGCAGAAACAGCGCUGGCUGAAGGCAUUUGAGAAUGAAAGGAGGCAGGUGCAGCUCGACCAGGAGACAGGGUUUUCCAUCACGGAGGUGCAGAAAAAGCAGGCAAUGCUGAAUGCCAGCAAGCAGCACCAUGCUGGGAAGCCCAAGGCUGUCACCAGGCCCUACUAUGACUUCCUGAUGCGGCAGAAGCACCCCACCCUGCCCACCACGCUCCCUCAGCAGCAGGUCUUCAUGCUGGCAGAGCCCAAGCGCAAGCCCUCGAACUUCUGGCAGAACAUCAGCAGGCUGACGCCCUUCCGGAAAUAGGGGCAGCCCCUGUUUGUGCCUGAACCCCUUCUGAGAAAGCACUUUAUCCGUCACUCCUGGCAGGUGGAGCCCAGGUUCAUCCAGCCCUGUGUUUACAGAGGAUGGCACAGGUGCUCCUGCCUUCCCUAUUUAUUUUGCAGCCCGGCUGACCCGCUGGCUCCCAGGUGAGGCCGCGUGGGCGCUCGCACACCGCGGGCAGCGGUGCCACGGAGCCAGCCCCGCGCUGCCCAGCAGGCAGAGCUCCAGGAGCGUGCAGCAGGGAGCUGGACAGGCUGCAGCCCCAGAGAUUUACCUUGUCAGCUGUACUUGGACUCACUCCUUCCUGCUGUGCCCACCGCUGCUGGCUGGCAGCUGCCACAGGGGAGGGCAGCUGAUGGACCCGCUGGCCCCGUGGCCGCUGCCCUGCUCAGAACAACAGUUCAGAGUCCGUGAUGAGGAGGGAUGAACCCUUCUGCUCUGCCCAGCCCAUCCCUGCGUUUCUCAGAGCUGUGAUCCUCCUCCACGUGUCCAAACUAACUCAGCAGCCUCUGCAGGCACUCAGAGCACAGUGAGCCCUGCACUGUGACCUCCUCCCUCCCUUUAGUCCAGCAGCACCGGUGAAAGGUGUCCUACAUUAAACUGUGCCAACUGCAGCAUGAGUCAAGUCGAAGAAUCUCUCUAGUGGGUUUCAGUUACAUAAGUUAGAGAAAAAUGUGCCUAAUUAAUACCAUACGCAAUUCUUUAAAUUCUCGUCUCUCCAUCAUUCUGCCAUAUUUCCUGGCCAAUGAAAAUGCUCAUUGUUUGUAAUGUGUUUAUUUAUGGUAAAAAUCAGAACUGUGUAUUUUGUAAGUCUGUAAUUGUUCUUGUCAGAUGUUGUUAACUUGAUGCCUGUUUUGUCUGUUUAAUUUUUCUUUUCCUUUUUUUUUAAAGAAAGGUCAAUAUUUGUAAACCUAGCUCCCAGAAGUCAGAGUCUGCUGUUCAACUCUGCAACGUCAUUGUUAUGCAAACUCCCACAGACCCUCAAAUUCAAGGAGUGUUGCUGACACUUUUAAAAAUGGAAAACCACUUGAUAAAGGCCUAGAUUUGGCAUAAGGAGCCUCACUUUAAGUACCCAAGUUUCAAAUGGUGGCCAAAAAGAAUGAAUUUAAACCUUGGUUAGCAAAAAUAUUUGCCUUACCAUAGUGAGAGUUAGAAGCCAUACUGACUGAAUUCCCUAGAUUAGGAGACAUCCUGUGACAGUGGAAGGAAGACACUGGCUCAUUCCAGCUCAAGUGUGAGUGAACACUGCAGAGCUCAGAAAUCCAGUGUUUGUUGAUGCUGUAGCUGACCAAAGUCUGGUCAUCCAGGGAUAUCUGAAUUCAGUAGCAUGUACAAAUUCCUUCUUGCACUAUAUCUUCCCCCCAGACCAGGGGCAACAUUUAAUUUCAUAAAGAAACUUGUAAAAG